AUGAAAUUUUUGGCUAAAAAUAAUUUUAUUAGGCAGAUUUUACAGGAGACAAAAAAAAUUAUUUUUAGCCCUUCUUUAAAAAUGAGAAGAAUUAUGAUGACAAGCAAAGAAAUACAAAAUUUGUAUUUUCAAGUAAAAUCGUCAAAACAAAGGCAAAAAUGUCCUUGUUGUUUAUCUAAUACUCGAAUAGAAUGCCCCGAUGGCUUUUUUGCGAUGCAAAUGGAAAGGGUGCAGAUUGUUAUUUAUUACCUGGAAAAGCACUUUUUUCAAACGUUCACACCUUGA